UUUCCUGUGUAUUUAUGUAAACAGAAAAAGGUGAAAACAAACUUUGGCAAGUUUGUAAAUCCGUACGUCAAUCGAUCCAAUGGCGGCAUCCCCAUCUUCUCUCAGGAGAGAAUUCAAGAAAGAGCUAAAAAGAAAGAGGAAUUGCAGCAGAGUAGCACGCAGGAAUCGGAGAGAAGAGAUUUUCUCGUGAAGUAUGCUGCUGAGGAGCCGCAAGACUCAGCACCAGUCCUUGCCGUGACGGAUGACACAGAGCUCAAUUUCAUCACCGCUCAAAGACGAGUUGCCUAUUACAUGUUCGCCGCCAAUAACCAUCCAAACUUGGGGAGCCACCCCUUUCAACCGCGCAGUACCCUCCCGACCAGUUCCCCCAAACACCUUGUAGAGCUGGACUCGUUUAAGUUCGAUUACCUAACGGGGGACGGGUACGGCUUCACCGUCCGUAUACCUGGGAGAAAACCGCAACGAGCUCGUACUCAAGACGUUCUAGAACGCGCCAGACAACACCCGCUUCAAACGUUCGAAGAGGUCAAGAGCAAACCAAGGAAAGGACAGGUUACACCUGCUUAUGCUAUCGACUUGACCAACGAACACGUUGCAUUCCCGAAUGUAACACUCGGGCGUCACUAUGGUAACGAUUCUGGGGAAGAGCCCGCCAAAAACAUUCUAAGGAGAGGGAUGACUGGUCAAUUCGAUAGAAACGUUCUUGAACGAAGAAGCAGGAAUUUUGCCAGAUCGCGUAGUGAACAUUGCAUGUUGGUCAGGAGUGAAGAUAACGAAGAGGUGAAAACACAAAGCGCUGGUCACAGACCGAGAAAUGAGAGGCCGCUGUUUGAACCUUCGGCGCCAAUUCCGUCGUACUCGCACGUCUCAACACCGCGUGUUAACCGCAAAAGAUGACGAACAACUUGGACCAAUCCCUGAAGCCACGGCGACGGUAUCGGGUAAUCAUUUUCUAUGAACCCUUCACCACCGGUCGAGAAAUGAGCGCUGCGUACAAGAUUCGAACGCUCUGACUGUAAACAACGGAGACAAGAGCCCAUUGUAGAGGGAACUGUGCAAAAGUCCAUUCUGUGAAUGACUUGGUAACUUGCUUGGUAACAGAAGGACGUAAAAGCACAAGUCACAAUGCUUUAUUCACUCUUAGCUGUUUACUUCAGCUGUGUUGUUCAGCAAGUAAUCUUGCAUAAGUUCCCCAAAGAGCAUAUGAAAGGAAAGUUCAUUGUAAGUUCAUGUGAAUGAGUUCUUAGUUUAACUGCCUUUCGUGUUUCUCAAGAAGAAAUGGAAGACAUUUAUAGUUACUGGACUCACAGAAGGAACAAUUUUGAAAAGAGUAACUUCUCCCUAUUAAAUUUCGUGUAAGAAGACUAUAUUUUUCAAUAAGGAUAAUUUUUUAAAGAAAUAUUGUACAGAGAGUUAAAUCAGUCUUGUUAAAACCCAUAUAUAUUUAUUGAUAAGGUAAAUGAACGUUGUUACGGGUUUAUGUACACCCAAAAAAAAAAAAUAUUGACAUUGUAUGAACCGUACAGUAGUUAAAGAAUGUGUUUUCUAUAAAAAAGAGUUUACAUCCUUGAUGUAUAUUACAUACUUAAAAGACAUCAGGUUAAGUAAGUAGUGAGUGAGGGAGAGGACGAAAUAAAAUACCACAACACCAAA